UCUAGUUAUUCUCUCAAAGAGGCCAAAAGCUCUUCCUCAUCCUUCACCUCCUCCUGUCUUACUGUAAAAUAGAAUCUUUAAGAUUUAAUAAAAAUGGCAGGAGGGGCAAUUGUGAAUGCCGGAAAGGGGAAGGAGUACCCGGGGAAGAUGACACUCUUCGUCCUCCUUGCUAGCCUCGUAGCCUCUAGUGGUGGCCUCAUCUUUGGCUAUGAUCUUGGAAUUUCUGGUGGAGUCACAUCGAUGGAAUCAUUCCUCGUUAAGUUCUUCCCCUCGGUAUUACAGAAGGAGGAGGAGGAUACGAGCACAAGCCAGUACUGCAAGUUCGAUAGCCAACUCUUGACGGCCUUCACGUCUUCGCUCUAUCUGGCAGCUUUGGUUGCAUCCUUCUUUGCAUCUACGGUGACAAGAGUGUUUGGAAGGAAAUGGUCCAUGUUUGGUGGUGGGAUCACCUUCCUCGCAGGUUCUGCCAUUAAUGGUGCAGCUGAGAAUGUCUUCAUGCUCAUCCUUGGUCGCAUUCUUCUUGGCAUUGGAGUAGGGUUCGCUAAUCAGUCAGUACCACUCUACCUCUCUGAAAUGGCACCAGCGAAGCUCCGUGGGAUGCUUAACAUUGGCUUUCAGCUUAUGAUCACUGUGGGCAUCCUAGCUGCUACUCUCAUCAAUUAUGCCACUGCUAAAAUCAGUGGAGGAUGGGGUUGGCGCGUCAGCCUUGCCCUUGCUGCUGUACCUGCUGCCAUCAUCACCGUUGGUUCAUUGUUCCUUCCAGACACCCCCAACUCCCUCAUCGAGCGCGGACAUAAUGACCGGGCAAAAGCCAUGCUCCAAAAGAUUCGUGGCACAGACGACAUCCAAAGCGAGUACGAUGAUAUCGUUGCUGCUAGUGAAGAGGCCAAAACCGUGCAGCACCCUUGGUCCAACAUAAUCAAGAAGAAGUACAGGCCCCAGCUCACCAUGUCCAUCUUGAUCCCCUUCUUCCAGCAAUUGACUGGUAUCAAUGUCAUCAUGUUCUAUGCCCCUGUUCUCUUCAAAACCAUAGGUUUUGGUGACGAUGCCUCUCUUAUGUCUGCCGUCAUCACCGGUCUUGUUAAUAUGUUUGCAACCUUUGUUUCCAUUGCUACCGUCGAUAAGUUCGGCCGGCGGAUACUCUUCUUGGAAGGUGGAACGCAAAUGCUCAUAAGCCAGAUAAUUGUGGGGUCUUUGAUUGGCAUCAAGUUUGGGACGAGUGGAGAGGCAACACUAUCAAAGGAAUAUGCGUUCCUUGUGGUGUUUUUCAUCUGUGUCUUCGUAGCAGCCUUUGCAUGGUCUUGGGGGCCACUGGGGUGGCUGGUCCCUAGUGAGAUUUUCCCGCUGGAGAUCCGUUCAGCAGGUCAGGCCAUCAAUGUUUCUGUCAACAUGUUCUUCACCUUCGUCAUUGGCCAAUUCUUCCUUACCAUGCUUUGCCACAUGAAGUUUGGUCUCUUCUACUUCUUUGCUGGAUGGGAGCUGAUUAUGACCAUCUUCAUUGCUCUAUUCCUUCCCGAGACCAAGAACGUGCCCAUUGAAGAGAUGGUCCUUGUAUGGAAGAGGCAUUGGUUCUGGGGCAAGUUUAUUGCCGAUGAGGAUGUUGAUGUCUGAAAUGUGCUGAGCUUAAGUUCCUAGCUAGUGUGUGAUACAUGUGAGGUGUGCCAGUUGUGAGAGUGAAGGAUCAAUUCAGAAAUGAAAGUUGAUUGCCAAGUCUGGUGUUUGUGCCCUAGUAAUGUACUUUUCCACCAAGUUCCACCAGAAAAUUGACAAAUCUCAAUAUCACAU